AUGAGGCUGCGUUCACUUUUUGGCCCGAUGCGUUUCCUAUCGGUCAUCAUUGGUGUAUUUCUUGUGCUUAUGAGCAGCGUUAUCACAGUAGAAUCAUUCAACGUGCCACCAGUCGGAGUGUGUAAAACUGGAAAAGGAGGCAACUGUAUGCGAUGCGAUUGUAAUAAGCCACUCUCAUGCUACAAAGGCACUUGUCGA